CGAGGUGAGCGGUGCUUAUCUCAGGCGUGGAGUUUGUGUACCUCUCUCAUUCACACUGUGAACAUGGCUCCCGGCGCACAGCUCAGUGAAACUGUGUCCGACGUGCGGAAGGGGAUCCGGGCAAUUCUCCUCGGACCCCCAGGCGCCGGGAAAGGGACGCAGGCGCCCCGUCUAGCAGAGCGGUACUGCGUCUGCCACCUGGCCACAGGGGACAUGCUGAGGGCUAUGGUGGCGUCGGGAACAGAGCUUGGAAAACGGCUCAAAGAGACCAUGGACUCUGGAAAGCUGGUCAGUGAUGAGAUGGUCGUGGAGCUCAUCGAGAAGAACCUGGACACGCCCCCCUGUAAGAAUGGCUUCCUAUUGGAUGGUUUCCCCCGCACGGUGAAGCAGGCAGAGAUGCUGGAUGACCUGCUGGAGAAACGCACUGAGAAGCUGGACUCUGUGAUCGAGUUCUCUGUGGACGACUCUCUGCUGGUGCGCCGCAUCUGUGGCAGGCUAAUCCACCAGCCCAGCGGCCGCUCCUAUCACGAGGAGUUCAACCCCCCCAAAGAGCCCAUGAAGGACGAUGUGACCGGCGAACCCCUGUCCCGGCGCAGCGACGACAACGAGAAGACGCUGACGUCGCGGCUGGAGGCGUACCACCGGCAGACGGCCCCGCUGGUGCAGUACUACAGCGCCCGCGGCCUGCACCACGCCAUCGACGCCGCCCAGUCGCCCGACCUCGUCUUCGCCUCCAUCCUCGCCGCCUUCUCCUCCGCCACCCGUAAAGACCUGGUGUUCUUCGUAUAG